GCUACCCUUGCGACAGCUCCUAGAACAUGAUUGCUAUGAGACCAAAGCAUGCUUUUGGUGUCUGACAUAUCAAACUAGCAGCAUCUUCUAUCAUGGCUUCGUCUCCAAAUACACAGGAGGGUAACCUUCAGACCUCAUCUUCCCCAACGCCAUCUCCAGAUCCAACCUCCAAGCAAGACGACCUCGAACCUCCAACCACCUCAGCAACAGCAACAGCACCACCUUACUCGCCAAUCUACGCCAUGGCCGAACCAGCCAGUAUGCCCUCACAACCAGCCCCAGCACCAACCGGCCCCCCGACAGAACCUACACACCCGCCCCCAGAACCAGCUACUACCACCACUACCACAACGACAGCAACGACUACUAAUACCUCACCACCACCACCCCAACCUGGCGCUCAACCACAUCCUCCUCCACCAGAAACCCAAGGACCAAAACAACCAUCUCUGUCAAAUCCUCCACCCCAAAAACCAGCCGAUAUCCCCCAACCGCAACCACAAGCACCGUUCGCGGCAAGUACCCAAACUAACCCUACUGCCACUACUUCUCCUACUACUCUUACUGCUACUACAUCCACUUCUCCCUCAACUACUGCCUCCAACUCAAAUCCCAGAUCCGGGUACAGCUACAGCUACUCUCCAUCGUCGUUAACACAACGACAUCCCCAUCCGCAGUCUCAAACGCAAGCCGCAGUCCCGAAUUCGACAUCCACGCCCUACGCAUCCCUCUAUCAGCCGCCAACGAGUACAGUAAAUACAUCUCUCUCGGGGAAUCCAUCCCAGUUACCGCUGCAUUAUACAUCUGCGAGCACGGAAAUAGAGACCGGUGAAUCGGGAUUUCUGGACAAUGCCAAGGCGUGGUUCUGGAGCGCGGGGAAUAAGUUGGCGGAGGUUGAAGCUGAGGUUUGGAGGAGGAUUAAUGAAGCUCAUGAUAAGUAGAUUCGUACGGUGAUUUUACUUUGUUGGGGGUUUCGAUUGGGCUGGGUUUCUUUUUCGGUUCAUGUUGUAUGAUGGAUGCUUUAGAGCGGGUUGGAAUGGUGAUGUUGCGUUAAUGGGAUUGGCUGGUAUCAGUUGUAUAUUUUAUAGGUUUUACUGCUUUAGUGUAUUCUAUGCUUUGAAAU